GUCUUUUCAAAAUCCCAUCCAUUGUUGCCAAGGUAGUUUCUCACUAAUGCAGUUAUACUUCUCGAUUCAUCACAUCAGUUAGUGUCAUUAUAGGUCUUUAUAAAUCUUCAGCGUUUAGGUCUGCAAACUGACGCUUAUCAGGUUAAUCUUUUCGACAUUUACUCUACUACGGUCUGUUAAGACACGGCAUUCAAACAAUAGCAUUACCAUAUGGUAAACACAUGUUUACAACAGUAGGGGUCCAUCUAGAAACACGAGAAAACUAAUUAUGCGUAUGUUAUAGAAAUAAACCCUGGAAUCACAAGGAAAGAGUGGUGUAAGAGGACCCAUAAUUGUUGUCGACAUUUAGGACCGUGAGGCUAAUUCCGCGCGUUUAGUCUUGUGAUGAAAAGCUUAAUAAAUCUCCCCUAAAGUAAAUCGCUUUUGUCAGUUUGAGCUUCAGGAUUGUUUUGUAACUUCCAAACAACAAUGGCAUGAGAAUUCGGAUUGGUGAAAUUAUAAUUUGUAGACAGAUCGACCAGCUACAAAAUCGUUUUACUGAAUUACCUUUUGCGAUGUGAGAUGCUAAUAUCAGAUCACUUCAGCCAGAAAAGUAAGGGGCGUGCUCGUUCUGUCGACUCGUUGUGAUGUUCGUGAAGUUCGGGCGAAACUAAUUGUUGGACGACCUUUGAGCGACGUUAAAGUCACCUCGAGAGUGUCCACCUCAUAACUAGGACCAAAUAAGGGUUACAAAACAGUAUGAGGAACUAAAAUUAUGGUUUACAUUUGAUUUAUGUUCACAUCACGAACUGACAUCAACUAUAAUGCCGAAACUCUACUUAGCCAAAUGGAUGAGUGAAUUUCGCGUCAAAAUCCGAGACCUGUUAUUUUGUACCUGAUUAGUUCGUCCAUAAAUUAUAGUCUCGUCAAAGUUUGCAAUUUUUUCCAGUGACGUGUUUCUGAAAUCCUGUAGAUCACCAAGGUUGAAUGCAGCUUCAAGGUUACAAAAGAUAGCUAUAAUUUAGCGUUGGAAGUUAUAUCUACAUUCAACAGUCCAAAGAAAGGUACAUACCUGAUCUAUGCGUCCACUUUUGGGUCUAAAAUGGUGAGACGACCUUUGAGCGACGCCAAACUGACCCUGAGAAUGUUCAUUUACUAAUUAGGAAUUAAUCACGAUUAUAAACCAAUCUGAACUGACAUAAGCUAAAAUGCCAAAGCGCUAUUUAGUCAAACAGAUGAGUGAAUUCUGAGCCAAAAUCCAAAAACCGUCUUGUUAUAUCUGAUUGACCCGUCCACAAAUUAUAAUCUCGCUGUUUUUGACUCCAUAAUAAACUGAUACUUCUGUAAUCAUUAUAAUGAUUUUUGUGUUUUCGUAUAAACUGAUGCGAAUGGUGGUCGCAAUCAGGCUGCUAGAGUUACCUCGGGCUCCCAGACUAGCCAGUAUCGUAGUCAGUCUUAUCGUUAAACCUAUACAACCGUCCUUGAAGAACGUUGAAAAUAUCUGAUCAGGAACAGCUUUAGGUUAGCCAUAUCUUUUACUGUUUUAAUGAAAUUUGAAGUUCAGAUGUCGGCUGAAAUCAGGCUGCUACUGAGUAGUGGGUAACUUAAGUGUAGCCUAGAUCUACUUGGACUACUCAUUAUAUUAAUUUACUCAUUGUUCUGGCUACGUCGUUUGGGGAUUUCUAAAGACACCCUCUUUAACGUUUGACACCUUGAUUUCAAUUUAUCUAUUCAUUGUUACACUUUAGUUGUACACAAAUGGUAAAACAUGCGAUUUAAUAAGUGAAGUCGCUACUUAGGAUUUAUCAGUGGUUAAAUUCGUAUGAUUAUCAUGUCUGCUUUUUUCUAAUGGACACCGGAUUGUUUUACGGCCUGUACAAUAAUUGUAGAAUUGUGAAAACCAAUCGAACAUUUUAUUUUAAAUAUUAAGAACUUACCUACGGGAAACCUGAUUACGGCAACCAAGAGAGGACUUAUGAAACUUAGGAAUGAACAGAGUCGUGAUGCUACUUGAUAUGGACUGUUUCUAUGUUCAAGUUGAACAACGGGAAUUUCCUGAAACUAAAGGGAAGCCGUGUGUUGUUUCACAGUAUAGUGAGUGGAAAGGUGGAGGAGCUUUAGCCAUAAGUUACGAAGCCAGGGCUCUAGGUAUCAAGCGUGGGAUGUUUAGUGAUGAAAUUCGAGUUCAGCAUCCAGAAGUGAUUAUUUUCAAAGUUCCUGAAAAACGAGGUAAAGCAGAACUUACAAGAUAUCGGGAUGCGAGUUCUGAAGUGAUUCAGUGUAUAUCCGAAUUUACUAGCGAUAUUGAGAGGGCUAGUAUUGAUGAGGCCUACGUUGACUUAACUGGUAUCGUAGAUUCAGUUUUGGUCCAGGAUGACAAUUUGUCAUCACUGCAGCCCAAUCCAGAGUCUUACGUGUUAGUUAGCAGCGAUAUUGCUGAGGAGUCAAAGUUAGAACUUACCAAAACCAACUGUGUUUCGCUCAACGGUGUUGAUUGGAUCCAGUUGCUAGACUCUAACUUUGCAGAAGGAAGGCGAUUAGCUGUAGCUUCUGAAUUGGUAUACCGCAUUAGACAGGCUGUAUUUACAAAAACAGGAUUUAGAUGUUCCGCUGGGAUUGGUCCAAAUAAAUCGAUCGCUAAAUUGGCAUGCAGUCUAAAUAAACCAAAUAAACAAACAAUUAUUCCGCAUGAAUCAAUUCCCAUUUUAUUGGAAAAUACUCAUAUAAGUAAAAUACGUAAUUUAGGUGGUAAACUUGGAAGUGCUGUUGUUAAACAAUUGAAGAUUGAAACACUUGGUCAGCUAAGUUCAAUUCCAUUGUCUGUACUCACAAAAGAAUUUGGUGAAAAAACAUCAAAAUGGCUUCAUGACUUAUCUCAUGGGAUUGAUCAUGAAGUAGUUACUACUCGAUCACUUCCAAAGUCUGUUGGUUGUAGUAAAAAUUUCCUUGGACGUGCAACACUUACAUCAAGUGAACAAAUUAAACGAUGGUUAUUGUGCUUAGCUGAAGAAAUAUUUGAAAGAUUAGAUGUUGAUUAUCAUCAACAUCAACGAUAUCCUACUCGAUUAAUUCUUUAUGCACGUACAACCAAUGAUCCAGGAUACAUUGGUGGGAUAUCACGUACACUUCCGUCUAAUCUUUUACAAUUCAUUGGUUAUGGAAAUCGAAGUAUCAUGAAUAAUGAUGAUGGAAAUUGUAGUAAUACUAGUGAUUUAGAUAACAAAUUACUUAAGUAUACAAGUCAAAUUGAAAAACUUGCAAAUACUGCUUUGGUCAUUUUAAAGGAAGUCCUUUUUAAAGGGGAAGCUCCGGAAAUAUGGGAUCCUGGUAUAAAUUCUUUAGGUCUUUCAGCUGGAAAAUUCUUAUCUAAUUCCUCUACUUCAAAUGCUGAUAUUCGAUCUUUAUUACAAAAAAAGCAAAUAGAAUCUAUAAAAUAUGAUACUGUUGUUCAGCAAGAAUCAAUGGUAUCUAUUCCACCUGAAAAGUCUACAUCACCAUCUUUAGUUAAAUUGUCUUCUGAUAAUGAUGUUAAAAAUGAUACAGUCAACAUUUCACCUGAUAGAAAACGUAAUUCUAAUGAUUCUACUGUAAAUAUUAACACAAAUAAUCUUUCAUUUUUUAAACGUUUGAGAGUCGCUGAAAUCUCAGCUCCAUUUCAUCCAACUCCAUUGAUUGACAAUCUCAAUAUUAGUAAUAAUACUACUACUAAUGAUAAUAAUACAAGUGAGAAUAAGAAUUUUUUAUUAGUAGAAAAUCAAAGUGGAAAACUCAUUUCCAAUCCAAUAACACCACCACCAUCAACAACAACCAAUGUACAAUUGCAUCAAUCAUUAGAACAGAAUAAAUCAUCCACACUAGACGAUUCACCUUAUUUAGAAGUUGACUCAGAAUCACGUCAUUCAACAUCAACAACUUCAGAUUCGUCUAAUUUUUUCAAAUCAUAUUCAAUUGGUGAUUGGAUUAUUUGUGAUAAGUGUAAUUCACGUAUAUCUAUAUGGCAAUUACCAGAACAUGAAGAUUUUCAUAUAGCUCAACGUAUACAACAUGAAUGGUCAAAUAAGGAAGUUAAUAUAAAUACAUCAUUAACAAAUACAAUAAUAACAAAAUCUAAUGAUACUACUAAUUCAAAUCAAGUAAAUAAUUCAUUAAUAAAUAAAAUAUCUUCCAAUCAAAAAUCAACUAAAAUCAAAUCUAAUUUAAAACAAUCAAAAUCAAUAACAAAACAUCAGAAAUCAAUUAAAUCUAAUUCUGGAAGUUUAGAUCAAUAUUUUCAUAAAAUCCCUUAAAAUAUAUAUGUAUUAAUGAUAUAAAUAUGUAUUGUAUGCUUUUUAAAUGUUCAAUGGAUUUUCAAUUAACAAUACUGUUAAUUCUAUUAAUUUUUUUGUUUGUUUUACUAUUGUACUUUUCUGAUAUUUUCGUUUAAGAGAAAUAUUAUGAUUUAAUGCUGUUUCCUUCCAUGUUGUAUUUUUUCUUAGAAUAAUAAUUUUUUUCUUCAGUAUUCUUUUUUUACUGAUGAAUGUUUCAAGUCUUUUCUAAAUUAAAAAAAGAUUGUACUAUGUAUUUAUUGAAACAAAACUUAUGCUUUUUAGAUUCUUUUUUUCAAUGGUUAAGAUCAUGAGUUAGUUGAAGGUAGACCAUCAUGGAAUACCUGGAAGCACUGAACGGCCGUUUCGUCCUAUUGUGGGAUUCCUCAGCAGUGCGCAUCCACGACCUCGCCCCCUGCGAGAUUCGAACCCAGGACCUACUGGUUUGUUUUGAUUCAUUUAAGCACUUCGAAUUAUGUCGCUCAUUUGUUUAUAGGCGC